AUGGAUAUGGACAAAGACUAUGGUAGGGACAAUAUUCAGUUCUUCCGCAUUACGAUAUCGAAAAUCACAACAUUCUUCUUCCUCUUUUCCUUCCUGCACUGCUUUGUCCAUAGCAUCGUACAGUCGGUACUUUUCUCGUUUGACAAUGAUGCCGACGGCCGAGUCUCGACUAUUCUGAAGGAGGCGGAUGUCCCCAAAGACCAAGUUGCUUGGUUGCAGAGACACGAUGGCGACUUUACUCUGAAACUUUGCAAACAUGUACCGGUCACCCGAGAACAUCAAGAUCUGUGCGAGCUCAUCUUUCAGUCUGGUGCCGGUCUUAUCAACGUUCCACCUGGGUUUCGGACGCGAGAUGUUCAAGAUCCAGUAGUUGAAGAACUCAAGACCUCUACGAACGCAACUCCAGUCGAAGACCCAUCUGGAGUUAUCGGCGUCGAGUUUUCGUCCAUAGCUGUCGAUAACGGAGACCAAGUAUUUUUAAACGGAACAUGUACGCGAGUAUUAAUUUACGCGGAUCAAGUACUCAAGAAUUCGAAGCGCGAAGAACUUGCACUAAUCGGAUCUGAAUUUUGGUUACUCGGUAUUUCGGUCUUCGCGAUUAUGUAUGACUCGAUUCCGCACCUACUCGCAGGCUUUUUUAUGCGUGUUCUCUCAACUACCUGGUCUGCAUAUGAAAUCUGGCGUACGCUCGACAUCCACCGACGGUUUGAUGCACUCAUCACGAAUGGCCCAUGUGGAAUUGAUCUAUUUCCACACUACUUCCACAAGCGAGUAUCUGUACAGAUCGUCGACCUCGUUCUGAACGUGAUCGCUCUUGGGCUGUCGUGUUACUUGGUUUGGAAGCUUGUCAAAACUUAUGCAAAGUGCAUGUUUACCCGAGUUGGCGCCCCGAAGCACCUCAUCAAGCGUUACAGGUACUUUCUGGGAGUGUUCAUCUGCCUCCAGAUGUCUGUCUACUUGCUAGUAGCUGCGAUGUCUCUCUGGAUCGAUCAGCUUAUCAACGGAGCACUGGUCAACAUCUCAAGUCACAACACUGCGUACUUGAUCGCAUUCACUAUCGCGAACGUUCUACUCAUACCAUGGAUCGCGACAGGCUGGUUCUCUGUCCGACGAGAAAUGCGACGAACGAUGAUCGCAUUCCUUAUCGCUGGCUUGAUCUACGUCGGCGGUUGGAGUAUCCUUUACUACUCCCAAGUCUUCCGUUGGACGUGGAUCCAAUGGCCGUUCUUCGCUUGCCUCUCCGUCUCCGCACAGCUGGUUCAACUUGUUAGUAUCGUACUUGGGAUCGUAUGUUGGCGAAAUUUCCAUCAGGGGUUAGCUCAGUACUUCUAUGCAAACCACCUCCUAACACGCUCAGACUUCGAACCCGAAGUCUUCCCACAUAAUGUCCAAAGCAAAGGAGGAGACAAAGAUGACGACCUCGAGAAGCAUCCCUUCGAAGUGGACUUCAAGAUCGUCAACGUCCUUCUCCCUCGUGACACCAAUCGUGAUACUGACACAGAAGCAGAAGCACGAUCUCAUUCUGACGUUGCAAGUGAUUUCGACAGAGUGUUGGACUUGAAGCCGGACCGCAAGACCGACUCAAAGAAGAAUAGGGAGGUGAAGAUUGAUGGGUUACAAUGA